AAGAAGACGUGUGCCUGAGGAGGAAGGCGGAAGCGAUGGCGGCGAUGGAGGCGGAGUGGGAGCCGGCGGGGCUGCUGCCGGUACCGGGAGACGGCCUGGACUGGGAGGCGGUGCUGGGCGAGGAGCUGAACGAGCUGCUGAGCGCUGCGGAACCGCGGCGGAUCCCGAGCGACGAACCCGAGGAAAAUGAGCUCUAUAACUUUCACUUUGAUUUGGAUUUGAUGUCCUGGGACUCAGAUCUUUGGAACAUUACAGGCCAUGCUUAUGAAGGUGGAAAUGUGAAGACAGAACCCUUAUCACCAGCCUCUUCAAAUUGUUCUGUCCCUUCUCCAGCAGCUGUGGACUCUCCAGUGCAGAACGUGCCUGAUGAUGUGGACUUCAGCUGCAGCUCCCAGAUGUCUCCCAUCUCUCUCUACAGCAAGAGCUGCAAAAGCCCCCCCUCCCCUGAAGGAGAUGGAGGGAAGAAGCCUGCUGGCAGCACCACUCCUCGCUCUGCAAAUAAUUCUACAAAGCUCCUGAAGAAGUGUGGUCAGACAGCACCCAGGCCUUCAAUACAACCCAAACCCCUUUUGCCUGCUGUACCUGAGGCUCAGCCUAACAUUGGCAUCCCAGCUAAAACCAUCAUUAUUCAGACCCUUCCCACCCUUGUGCCUCUGCCAAAGAAGCCAGUAGUGAACAUCCAGCCAGCACCCCCUAAAGGUCAGUCAGUGGUGCUCCCCCAGCCCACUGUGGUUCAGCUCCAGGCUUCUGGGGUGCUGCCUGCCUCCCAGCCUCUCAUUGCUGUCACUGGAGGCACCCCCCAGCUUCACAACCACCCAGUGAAUCCAUUGCCUCCAGCUGCUGGAAAUGGCUCAACAAAUGGCAAAAUCCCAGUGGCUAAGCCCUUGCUCCAGAGCACCUCACCAGCAAUGGGACUGGAUCUGAAUGUCUUGAGAAGACAGCAACGCAUGAUCAAAAACCGGGAGUCGGCCUCUCAGUCCCGGAAGAAAAAGAAGGAAUACAUGUUGGGACUGGAGCAAAGGCUGGAGGCAGCCUUGUUGGAGAAUGAGAAACUCAAGAAAGAAAACACCACCCUGAAGAGGCAGCUAGAUGAAGUAGUAUUAGAGAAUGAGAAGCUCAAAGUGUCAUCUCCCAAGAGAAGGACACUGUGUGUGAUGGUGGUACUGGCUUUCAUCAUGUUGAAUUAUGGCCCACUGAGUAUAUUUGAAAAGGAUCCCAAUGGAGUUGAUUCCACUGCGAGUUCCAGCCACAGGACCAGAAAUCUUCUGGAAUUCUCAGCUAGCCAGGAGUCCAGCACAGCUCAGAAAAUACCUGAUGCCAUCAUUCCCAAAAAGAUUAAUAGGUAUGAUGGUUCUGUGUCUGAUAACAAAGCCCUGAUGAUAGUCUCAGAAGAACCUCUGCUAUAUAUCUCACCACCCCCACCACCCUGCCAGCCCCUGAUCAAUCGGACAGAGUCACUCAGGCUGAAUCAUGAACUUCGAGGAUGGGUUCAUAGACAUGAAGUGGAAAGAACAAGAUCAAGAAGAUUCUCAAAUAACCAACAGCAGAAAGCCCGGGUUAUGCAGAGCUCCCUCAGUGAGAAGACAGAUUCCCAGCUCAUGGCCAUGCCUUACACAGACACCAGCCUCAGCAAGAACCCAGGGAAUGAACUGCAGGUGUAUUAUGCCUCUCCAAGGAGCUAUCAGGAUUUUUUGGAAGCCAUUCGAAGAAGGGAAGAUACAUUUUAUGUUGUGUCAUUUCGCAGGGACCACCUGUUACUGCCAGCUACCACACAUAACAAGACCAGAAGACCAAAGAUGUCUAUAGUAUUGCCAGCUGUAAACAUCAAUGAGAAUGUGAUCAAUGGGCAAGACUACGAGGUGAUGAUGCAGAUCGACUGCGAAGUGAUGGACACCAGGAUCCUCCACAUCAAAACCUCCUCUGUCCCUCCCUACCUCCGAGAGCAACGCAGAAACCACACCACCACCUUCUACAGUGCAUCUCCCUCUGUCCCAGAGACCCCCCAUGCCCUCAGGGCUAUUGUCAAAUCCUUGCAGUAACAACCCCUGCACUUGGCAUACAGCAGGUCCUGCUGCCAGACUGAACCCCAGGGCUCCUGGCACACUGAUGCACCAAAAGCAGAUCCCACUGAGCCCAUUCCUGUGCCUGACCCUUCCCAAUGGCCUCAUCCUGCCCAGGGAAUACACAGCUCAGCCAGCCCCUCACUGGGGACAGGCUGGGGGGACCCAUGGAGCUUGUGAUUUGUGAUGCCAGAGGUGCAGGUGAUGCAUGUUUGCUGCAGUCCUGGUGUUGGCAUUAGCAGCUGGUGCCUGGGGAUUGCACUUGGAGUGUGGGAGCAUGGGCUGUCCUUGCUGUCUAGGCACUGUCCAAAAUUGUAGGUUGGCUGGUGAUUUUUUUAAUUUUAUUUUUUUUUUAGUCCCUGUUAGACUGUCUCUAAGGUGAGGUGCAGCCCAGCAGGGUGGUGGAAAACAAAACCCCACAUUUCCAGCCAAAGCACUACAAGGAGAACAACCCACAGCGCCACAGAGUGUGGUUCUGCUCCCUGGGGUGCUGGUUGGACCCAUGGGGACAGGGUGCCUGGGUGGCACAGUGCUGGGCCACCUCCCCAGGUAGUGUGUACCCCAUCACCAGAUGCUGUCACCCACACACUGCUGGUGUCUUCCCCAUGGCAAAAAGCUGGGGCUUGGCCUGUGGGUGUGAUUUAGUAUAUGCCUUUCUAAAGAUUUUACUGCUGGGGAUUUUCUUUUCUUUUUUUCCACCCCCUCCUUCCCCUCCUGCCUUUUGUUUGGUGUUCAUUUUGUGUGUGUGUGUGUGUGUGUGUGUGUGUGUGAUAUUUAAUGGUUUUCACAGCUCUCAGAGCAGCACUGGCCCUGCCAGGACAGAAAAGCUGCUUCAGUUCAGUGGGACAGAGCCACAGCACCUUCCCUGACCUGACAGCCACCUGCCAGGCAGCAGAGCAGGGAUUGUCCCCAAGCCCUGAGCUGCACACCAGACAUGGCUCUUGCUGCACUUGGCUGCUGCUGUGACAAAGCCCACUGCAGAGCUCUGUUAACUGGUCCCAAUUUUGUCAGCCAAGCCCUGGCCAGAGCUGUGCUGAGGGGCUCCAGCAAAUGGUGUACUCUGGUGCUCAGCUGGAAUGAGACACCAGCAGUGCAUCAGCCUUUUGUAAUUACUUCAGCAUGUUACUUUUUUUUUUUUUUUUUUUUCCUCUUUUCAGUUAGCACAGAAGAUGAUGGGCUUCAGUUUGCCAGCCAACUCCAGCCUUUCCUUCAUUGUCUCAACCUCUGCCUGACUGAUGUGGGUUGGGUUUUGUUUUUUUUUCGGGGGGGGGAGAAGGUUUUGUUUUCAUUGUUGUUAUUAUUAUUAUGAUUUGUGUGUGGCUGUUAGGAAAGAAAGGUUGAUCCUGUAGCAAGACAGAUAGCUUGGGGAGUUGAGGAGGAGGGCGAGGAGCAAUACAACCCUGGAAAGUAUGUGCCUUGCAACACUAUGGAAAAGCUCUGCCCUUUGCCACGUAGUCAGAGUGAGCUGCACAGGCCCCCCAUCCCCUCUCUGCUCACACUCUUGGGAAGCAGCCGGGCUCAGCCAGGGGUUUUGGCUCUGCUCCUUGCACCACUUCUCUUUUCCUGGCCCUGGCCCCACCUGACUCUGGGCCAGCUUGCACAAGAGUCAAAAAGAAAAAGCCCAGCAGUGCCCCAGCUCCCCCAGAGCCCUGGGCAGGGGUGGGCAGAUCCUCUGGGGUGAAGGGGAAGCAUUUGAUGCUGGGCAGGCAGGAAGGGGACCUGGCAGUGGUGGUGGUGGUGGUGGUUCAGCUUGGCACAGUCCAACUCCCUGGCAAGGGCUGCUGUGGCACCACAUCCUCAGCCAGCACCCAUGGGCUCAAGUGGUGGGGAGCAUCUCAUCCCCUGUAGUUUUAUUCUCUGUGGUCCCUAGCACUGAAGGCAAUAAAAUGAUUAUUUAUUUAUUAUUA